CCCAGCUUGAGAGACAGAGAGAGAGAGAGAAUCGUCGUCUUUCUUCACCGCUUUGCUUCGUCGCCAUUAUAAAAGUAAACUCAAAAGCUCUCGUUUCGUUCCCUUCUCUCUCUUAGUAUAGUUCUUAUAUAUACUACUGUUGUUUCUGAUUGACCAAUCUCUUCUGCAAUCGUCGUUGAAUCGAGCGGUGAAUGAGGACUUCGUGGAAGCGAAGAAGGGUAAAAUGAGAAAGAGGUAGAGAAAUUGAGCAGUGAAAGUGAAAGUGAAUUAUGAGAACACUUUGCGACGUGUGUGAGAGCGCAGCUGCGAUCCUUUUCUGCGCCGCCGACGAGGCCGCUCUUUGCCGGUCCUGUGAUGAAAAGGUCCAUAUGUGUAACAAGCUUGCAAGUCGACAUGUACGCGUUGGGCUUGCUGACCCCAGUGAUGUCCCUCGUUGUGACAUAUGCGAAAAUGCACCUGCUUUCUUCUACUGUGAGAUCGAUGGGAGUUCCCUUUGCCUGCAAUGUGAUAUGAUUGUUCAUGUUGGAGGUAAAAGAACACAUGGAAGAUAUCUGCUGUUGAGGCAGAGAGUGGAGUUUCCAGGGGAUAAACCUGGCCGUUUAGAAGACAUAGGAGUGCAACCUGGUGAUCCAGGUGCUGCAAGGAGGGAACCCAAUCAGCCAUUUAAGCUUACCACAAGAGAGAACCAGCCAAAUCACAGGGUUUCUUCUGUUCCAGUUCUGGACACUGACACUGAUGGUGAUGGAAACAUGGACAAUAAAUUGAUUGAUCUUAAUGCUAGGCCUCAACGGAUACCUGGGCAAGCUUCAAAUUACCGGGGAAUGGAUGUUCUAGGUGGUAGUAAUCAUGACUCUUCAAGUGCAGUUCCAGAUGGACGUUUUAAAAGAGAGACUGAGAAGUGAUUGAGAUGUUCUUCGACAAGUUUGUAUAGCACUGCCAGUACAGCUUGCAACCUUCCUUAAGGCACUUCUUCCAUUUUAUAUAGUGUAGGUUUGACUCUUUCAGUCCGAAGGCUACUUAGAUGAAGCUGGGAUUUUGCUCCAACGGUGUACCUAGAAUGACAUUUCCUCCUUUGGAAAAUGGAAUUGUUAGUGGCACGACUGCUGUUUUUCUUGACUUCUGCUCGAUACUGCAACUGCCUGCAGUUGGAUUUUGGUACCUUAUUUUAACUGCCUUCGUUAACUGAACAAACUCCUGUUAGGAGGUUGCUUCAUCAGUUCAAUUAUGGAAGGGAAAGGACAUUGAAAGCGGACAUGCAAUGCAACCCUCUAUUCAGAAACAUUACUGUUAAAAAAAUUAUUGAUUAUUCAUCGUCUCUGUGUAAGCUCCUUUGAGGAAGUAGGUUCGGUUUCAGGUGUAUUGUUAUGUUCUCGUGCAAACCGAAGGAUGAAAAGAAAGGAAAAAUCAAGCACACCCAGUACUGUAUAUGGGAAAUCAGUCGACUCUGCUAAAACCAAGUCGGAUUGUUUGAUUUCUAUAUUGACACUUUCUAUGGCUUUGAUAAUUAAUUGCAUAUUGUAGUUUUUUUUUUUAAA